AUGGCAGCAAACAUUCUUCCCAUUCGUGAUGAAUCUGUGAUUUUUGUGAGGUCUAUGCAAUGCUUUUACAAUCAUGCUGCAUGCUUAAACAUGUUUGUUGUUGAUGGUUGCGAGGAAUUUAUCGCUGCUGGAGAGGAUGGAACACCUGAAGCUCUCAUUUGCGCUGCCUGUUGGUGCCAUAGAAGGUUCCAUCAAAUUGUUGAGUUCCAGGUACCAAUACCCGCCCCUCUUCCGCCACAUGAAAAUCCUGAAAUUCAAAUCCCAGCUGAGCCAGUUGUGGAGUUGCAAUUUGCUGAAGAUGCACCUAAUAGUCCCCCACCAGUUGAGGAAAGCUCUGAAGAAGAAUCAAAUGUUGGUGAUCUUGAAGAGGGGAGCUUCGAUAAUUAA